AUGAGCUCAAUUGAAAAAUUCAUCUCACAGCCUCCAUUCAUUCUCCAGUCUUCACUGGCUCAAUUGAGAUACCUGAUACUCAGCGAGGGUCUUCCUGCGUCUAAUGAUAAACAUCAACAAAGGGUAAGAUGCUAUGUGUGGUCAGUGCUCGCUAGGACUUCAAUGGAGAGGUCUACUCAGAUAUAUUUGUCACUCUUACAAUUAGGGUCUGCUCCUCAGCCGAUCUUUCAGAAGAUCAAGAACGACACAUUCAGAACUUUACAGACAGAUCCGAAAUUCAUCAAUGUGGUAUCGGAAGAUUCAUUGAUAAGAUGUCUAUCAUGCUUCGCCUGGCAAUGUCUGCAAAUACAACGCGAUGAGGAUGGCAAUGGCAGUGCACAUCAAGUGAGCACGUACGUGCAGGGUAUGAAUGUGCUAAUGGCUCCACUACUUUAUUCGUGCCCGUCAGAGCCAAUGGCUUUCCAAUUAUUCUCCACAUUAUGCUACUCUUUGAUACCGACAUACUUGGAUAGCAACCUCACUGGAGUGCAUAAUGGCGCCAGGUUGUUAGAUAUCUGUCUCAAGAUAAUAGAUCCAAAAUUAAGCAAGUUUCUCAGUGAUAAUCUACUAACCGCGGAAAUCUACGGUAUACCCUCAAUUCUAACGCUUUCCAGUUGCAACAAGCCAUUGGAUCAGGUUUGUAAGCUUUGGGAUUUCAUGUUUGCGUAUGGCUUCCACAUGAAUAUCUUGUUCGUUGUGGCCCUAUUAGUGACAAUACGAACCAGGAUUCUCAACUCGGAAUCCCCAAUGAACUUACUCACAAGGCAACUGCCCGACUUUGAUGCUGACGAAAUAAUAAAGCUUGGGGUUGGAUUCGUCGCGAAGAUUCCCUCCGAUUACUACAACUUACUAGUUCAGCAUCUAACUGAUCCAAAUCUUACUAUUCCCUAUGACGAAUAA